AUGACCAACCCGGAAAUGAUGCAAAUAGUUAAUAACUAUUUUGAUGGCUGUGGCGGCGCUGGUGGCGGCAAACGCGGUGGUGGCGGCCAACGUGGUCGUGGCGGCCAACGCGGUCGUGGCGGCCAACGCGGUCCUGGCGGCCAACGUGGUCGUGGCGGCCAAGCUGGUCGUGGCGGCCAAGAUGGUCGUGGCGGCCAAGAUGGUCGUGGCGACCAGGAGGAACGACUGGGCCUCAAUCGGCGGCAGAGGGUGGCGUUGGCCCACCAGGCAGCAAGGAAUUACCCGGCGGACCAGCAACGACUGAUCCGCCGCGCAAUAAUGGACACUCUGCGACCUCGGCAGGCCCAAGAUGAACGGCAGGAAGCAGAGCCUGUGGAGCAUCCAGAGCGACCGGAGCAGAUGGAGGAGGCCUUCGGAGGAAUAAAUAUAAAUUAA